UUCUUCUUUCCAGAAAUAAAAAGAAAUCUAGGCAAGUAUGUGUACCGCUGUCCUGAGUCUGUAAGAAGGUGGCUUCGACAGCUGAAGGAUGCUGGGAAAAUUACUAUGUUGAUCACCAGUUCUCACAGUGAUUACUGUAAACUUCUUGGCACUUAUAUCCUUGGGAAAGAUUUUGCAGACCUUUUUGACAUUGUGAUUACAAAUGCAUUAAAGCCUGGAUUCUUCUCACAUUUCCCAAGCCAGAGGCCUUUCCACACACUCGAGAAUGAUGAGGAGCAAGAGGAGCUGCCCUCUCUGGAUAAACCUGGCUGGUACUCCCAAGGCAAUGCGGCCCACCUUUAUGAACUUCUGAAGAAAAUGACCGGCAAGCCUGAACCCAAGGUCGUUUACUUUGGUGACAGCAUGCACUCAGAUAUUUUCCCAGCCCAUCACUAUAGGAACUGGGAGACAGUCCUCAUUCUCGAGGAGCUUCGGGGGCAGGACAUGGAGAAGGCUGAGGAAGCAGAGCCUCUGGAGAAGAGAGGAAAAUAUGAGGCACCGAAGGUAAAGCCUCUAUAUUCAUUAUCUAAUAAAUGGGGCUCAUAUUUUAUUGACUCAGUCUCCAGACGAGGGAAUGCAGAAGACUCCUUGGUUUAUACUUGGUCCUCGAGGAGAAUCAGCACCUACAGCACUGUUGCAAUUCCAAGCAUUGAAACAAUUGCAGAGUUACCCCUGGACUACAAAUUUACAAGAUUCUCUACAAACAAUUCAAAGACAGCUGGUUACUAUCCACCAGUCCAUUAUACCUUGGGUUCUCAAGACACAGACAGCAAAAUAAUACUUACUGAAAAAUGAACCAACCAUAUGUGCAGCAGACAUAUUGCUAAAAAAUGAUAAAUUUCAAAAAAUGCCAACAAUUUAUAGGAACAAUUUUUCAAUGAAAAUUGACCAAAUGGGUACUUGCUAAUCUAUCUUUUUAAAAUAUGUAUAAUUUUAUAUAAAUUGUUUUAAUGUUUAACAGUUGUUAUAGAAAAAUUUUAGUGCCCUAAACUAAAAAGAAUAUGAAUUAAUAUUUUCUAUACUAGUAGUUUUGUGGAUUCUCCCAAGAUGAUAACAAACACAUUUGCAAGCAUAUAUUUAUAUAUCUACCUAGUCCAGCAGUUUCCAAAGCCUGGUUCACAGACUGAUACAGAUCUUAAAAAUGCAAAUUUGAAUGCCUUGUUCCAAACCUAAAAUCAGAAACUUUAGGAGUAGGACCCAGCAAUGGCUUUUAAACAAGCCUUCCAAUGAAUGUGAUUCUCAACUGUAAUUUGAGACCUAGUGAGUAAACCCUAUACUCCAAAAUAGAUUUGUUUGGAUAAAUACAGCUGAAUCUUCACAUCUCUCCUAUGUCCAUAUUAAAAAUAUAACCAGAAUUCAUAGUGAAUACCAGAGUCUAGUGAAACUCAAUUCUUUUUCCAAGCUAUCAAGCUUUUUGCUCUUUUCCCAAAAUACAUAAGUAAAAAGACAUGAUUUCUUCAAAUAACAUAGCCUUACUUCUUAGUAAUGUGUCCCGUUAGGAAGAAGUUAAACUUACGCCUAUUCAGCUCAGUUCCAGCUUUGUCCUUGGGAAGAAAAAGUAACAGCUGAAAGAAGCACAAGUUUAUUUAUCUGCUCCAGGUCAGGGGAGCUGUUCUGUGCAGUUUCGAUUGGUUAUGUUAGUAACUUUGCUUCAGAUCAUGUUCACACAAGAUGUUUAGAUUCAGCUGAUAUUUUUGUAAGUUCCUGGGUCCCCUUUUGCCAGUUAACCUCCCUGUCUAUAGUAGACAGGACUACAAAACAUUAUUAUUUUUUCUUGGAAUUUAGCAUAUUAACUUAUGCAUUGAAAAUCUAUUUUCUUAAAAUUUGUAAAUGUUCAGAUGAAUUCCAAAGUGUACUAUGAGGAUGCAUUUCUCAGGGUAAUUAAAAGGAUAACUUUUUUCUUUAUCAUCUGUCUCUUUGAUGUUGAUCGAUAAGUAUACAUAUAUAUAUAUACUUGAUAUAUAUAUAUGUAUGUAUGUAUGAUAUAUAUGUAUUUGCUAUCCAAAAUGUCAUUUGAGUGUUAUAUUAAGCAUGCACAAUCAAGCUUAGGGCCAAAUGAAAGAUGCUAUCUAUUGUAGGCUUUAAGUAGAGAGUUCACUUUGCUUUAAAAUAAAGCUAUUUUCCCUUCUAGA